UGAGAUGUUGGAACAGCACACGGGCAAAGCUGUCAACACUGACUGCAAUCACAGCUCACAGGAGAUUGUGAUGGUGGUGGCCAUGCAUUCGCUUGUCCAACAUUUAGAUUGUGACAUCGAAGCCUACGAUUUCCCUUCUCUCAAUCACGAGCGGAUUUAGCAAGAGUUGAACAUAUCAUGUACGCAGACAGGUAAGUGAAUCUGGAUUCGAUGCUGUUGCCUCGUAUAUAUGAUUACAUGUCUGCAGACACCAACAGAGAAAAGGUGGGAGAGGAGCAGACUUUUCCUGCUUUUGGUCGCGAGAGAGAGAGAGAAGAAGAAGAAGAAGAAGGGCAAGAUGAUUCCUUCAGGAAUUGCAGCAGCAUCUUCUUCCUCUGCCUCCUUCUACGACAUCUGCAGCUACGCAGCUGGAAUUGCCGGCCGACCUUCAAAAGAAUCGUCCAAAACAAGUCCACCGAGGAGUUCUCAGGCCUGCCUUACAUAUAUUCCCUCUUGAACUGCUUGAUCUGCAUGUGGUAUGGCCUUCCUUGUGUCUCCUACGGGGUGAUCCUGGUUGCCACAGUCAAUUCGGUCGGUGCCGCCUUCCAAUUAGUCUAUGUCAUCCUCUUCAUUCGCUAUGCGAAUUCUGCAAGAAAGUUGAGGAUGUCGGCGCUGCUGGCAGGAGUUGCCUGUGUUUUUGCUGCCAUUGUAUUUGUCAGCCUUGAGUUCUUCGAUCACACGACGAGGCAAACAUUUGUUGGAUACUUGAGUGUUGCGUCGCUUAUCUCCAUGUUUGCUUCUCCAUUGUCUAUCAUUAGUCUGGUGAUCAGGACUAAGAGUGUGGAGUUCAUGCCUUUCUACCUGUCCCUCGCAACCUUCUUGAUGAGCAUCUCCUUCUUUGCAUAUGGGAUGCUGUUGCAUGACUUCUUCAUAUAUCUCCCAAAUGGAAUUGGAACUUUUCUUGCGGUCAUACAACUGGUGCUGUAUGCCUACUACAGCAUUAACUCAAGAGAAGACUCUAACAUGCCAUUGCUGGUUUCAUAGUGAUGUUCUAGUUUGACAAGGUGAUCAACACUUUUAGAAGCUGGAAGAAGAGGAAGUUUUCAAAUCAAGCGACAUCGGAGAUAGUUCAUUUUUGUUAAUAGAUGUUUGGUCACAAAUUUAUUCAUUUUACUGACAAUGAUGAGACCUAAAAAGAAUGUUAUUUUAGUGAUCACAAAUUAUUUUGUAAUUAUAAAAUUUUGGAUGAUGAGCUUAUGCGCAAUGUGACGUCCUCGCUCAAUUAUAUCGAACGUAU